AUGUGCCAUAAUUUUUUGCAUAAGAGACCCGAUGAAAUUCUCAAUCAUUUGAGUAAAUGGGCAUUUGAUAAAACAUAUACCCGUUGGAUCUGGCAUGGAGAGUUUAGGGACAUACAAGAUAGUGGUAGUGGUGAGAAAAGGGAUGAUGUGCGGGAAGUUCAUAAUAAUAAUGAGGGUGAUGGGUUGGAGGACAUGUUGCAUGCAGUUGAGGAUCAAUUUGAUAACAACCCUUCCAUGUUGGAGAGCUUGUUAAACGACUAUGAAAAACCAUUGUAUGAAGGUUGCACCAAGUACACAAGGUUAUCAGCCAUACUCAAAUUAUACAACCUGAAGGCUGGUCAUGGUUGGACAGACACAAGUUUUAAUGUGUUAUUGGAAUUGGUGAAAGACAUGCUUCCCAAAGACAAUGUCCUUCCUAUUGGUACAUAUGAGGCGAAAAAGACACUAAGCUCUAUGGGUUUACCUUAUGAGAAAAUGCAUGCUUGCCCUAAUGAUUGUGUAUUGUAUCGUAAUCAAUAUGAAUCGUUAGAGAGUUGUCAAAUUCGUAAAGCCUCACGGUAUAAGAAAGGGGAUCGGGGAGUACCUGCCAAAACAUUAUGGUAUUUUCCAAUAGUACCAAGGUUUAAGAGGUUAUUUUCAAAAGCAGAAGAUGCAACGAAGUUAACCUGGCAUUUUGAUGGCCGAGUAGACGAUGGAAUGCUUAGACACCCGGCUGACUCUCCGCAGUGGAGGUUUAUUGAUGCAAAAUACUCUGAAUUUGCACAUGAAAAGCGUAAUUUACGCCUUGCAUUGUCUAUAGAUGGUUUCAAUCCAUUUGGUUCCAUGAGUAAUACGUAUAGUACUUGGCCCGUUAUGUUGGUGACCUACAAUUUACCCCCAUCAUUAUGCAUGAAGAGAAGGUAUAUGUUCCUUUCGUUGCUAAUUUUAGGGCCAAAACAGCCGGGAAAUGACAUUGAUGUGUACUUGGCACCUCUUAUUGACGAUUUGAUUAUGCUUUGGGAAGAAAGUGUGGAAGUUUUUGAUGCACAUCGCAAUGAGAAGUUUAAUUUGAAAGCAAUGCUAUUUUGCACCAUUCAAGAUUUUCCGGCUGAUGGAAAUCUUUCGGGGUAUACUGUGAAAGGGGAAACAGCUUGUCCUAUUGGUAUGGAGGAUUGCAAAGGACAGUGGUUAAAGGAAUCUGGAAAGCAUGUUUAUCCGGUUCAUCGUCAAUUUUUGCCGUCUGAUCAUCCAUAUCGAAGGAGAAAAAAUGCGUUUGAUGGGACACAAGAAUUCAAAGGGCGACCAAAAGUCAUGUUAGGUGAAGAGGUCUUCGAAAAGAAAUUUUUCUUUGUGAGACAUUCACUUGAUGUUAUGCAUAUUGAGAAGAAUGUGUGUGAUAGCUUGAUUGGUACAUUACUCAAUAUCCCCGGUAAGACUAAGGAUGGUAAAAAAUCUAGAGAUGAUUUGAAGCAUAUGGGGAUUAGAGAUGAAUUGCAUGUUGUUACAAAUGAGAAAGGUCGAGCAUACUUGCCUCCUGCUGCUUACACAUUGUCCAGAAAAGAAAAAAUCGAGUUUUGUGAAAGCUUGGUUGGAGUAAAAGUGCCCGAAGGUUAUUCUUCGAAUAUUCGUAGCCUUGUGAACAUGGAUACUUUGAAACUUGUAGGCCUUAAGUCUCUUGAUUGCCAUGUUUUAAUGCAGCACUUGUUACCUGUAGCAAUUCGUUCUAUUCUGCCUAAAAUUGUUCGUUAUGCUAUAAUUAGACUUUGCGGAUUUUUUCAUGCGAUUUAUAGCAAAGUGAUUGAUCCAAGAGAGUUGACUGCAUUAGAGGAUGAAAUUGUUGAAAUUUUGUGUCAAUUAGAGAUGUUUUUUCCUCCAUUAUUUUUUGAUAUUAUGAUCCAUUUACCGAUUUACUUGGUUAGAGAGAUAAGAUAUUGUGGUCCAGUUCACAUGAGAAAUCAAUGGUGUUUUGAAAGGCAAAUGAGAACCUAUAAGGGAUAUGUGAAGAACGCUUUUCAUCCUGAAGGUUGUAUUGCCGAACGACUAUUUUAUGAAGAAGUUCUUGCUUAUUCCAAUGACUAUGUGCUAAAUGCAAUACGGAUAGGGCUUCCUGUAUCUCGUCAUAGUGGAAGAAUGGAUGGUGAGGGGACCAUAGGUCAAAAAGUACGUGACCUAUCCUAUGUUGAUUGGCAUAAGGCUCAUUUAUACAUUCUUCAUAAUGAGGAUGAAGUUAUGCCGUAUGUUGAGAAACACAUGAGCUUCUUGAGGAAAAGCAACAGCAGAGCAAAUGAGAAGUCAUUAGCUGCUGAACAUAGUAGGUCAUUUAUUAGUUGGCUGAAGGAUUAUGUAAUGAAGGAGCUAAUAGAUUCUUCGACUCCAUUUUCUGAUUGA